UGAGCGGAAAGAGCAACAAUAUUUCGCGCCAAAUUGAAACAAUGGAGCAGUCAGCCUAAGUUGCAGGGACGACCUAAGACACAAAUCACCCUUUCAGUCGUCAUUUCUCGGACAAGUUUUAGCUAACAUGGAGGAGGCCAACAAACUAAUCGGCACGGGCAAGAAGUACCUGGUGAUGGGGAAGGUGGUGGAGGCAGUGAACGCCCUGCAGGAGGCCUGCGGCAUGCUAGCUAAAAAGUAUGGAGACACCGCAGACGAGUGUGGAGAGGCUUUCUUCUGGUGUGGUAAAGCGCUGCUGGAUUUGGCACGGAUGGAGAACUCUGUCCUAGGUAAUGCUCUGGAAGGAGUACCGGAGGAGGAUGAAGAAAAACCCAAGGACUCCAACGUUGACAGCACAGAAAACAUUGAUGAAAAGACCAGAGAUGAGCUGAGAGUUCAGGUGUACGACGCCAUGGCCGAGAAAAAAAAUGAGGACUUGGACAAGGUUGAAGCGAAAAAGGCCGGAGGCGAGGGGGAGAAGGCCGGAGGCGAGGGGGAGAAGGCCGGAGGCGAGGGGGAGAAGGCCGGAGGCGAGGGGGAGAAGGCCGAGGGUUGUGAUGAGCAACAGAAUAGUAAAAAAGAUGAGGAAAAAAGCGGGGUUAAUGAAAGUAAAGACAAGGUAGAAAACGGCAAGGAAGCCCAGAAAGAAUCGGGAGAUAAGGAAGAGAAAACAGAAGAUGAUGGUGGUGAGGAGGAGGAGAAGGAAGACUGUGAUGUAGAAAUGGAGGGUGAUGCAGAAGAGCAAGAAGAUAGCGCUGCUGAGAAGGACAGUGACGAGGAGGAGGAGGAGGUGGGAAACCUGCAGCUCGCCUGGGAGAUGUUGGAAGUAGCUAAAGUCAUCUAUAAAAGGAAAGAGGCUAAGGAGGAUCAACUCAUGGCAGCCCAGACUCACUUGAAACUGGGUGAAGUUUCUUCUGAAUCAGGAAAUUACACACAGGCGUUAGAGGAUUUCCAGGAGUGUCUGAAGUUGCAGGUGAAGCACCUGGACUCAGACAGCCGUCUGCUUGCUGAGACUCACUACCAGCUAGGUCUGACCUACAGCUUGGAUCUCCAGUACAGCCAGGCCAUCGAGGAGCUGAAGAGCUCCAUCUCUGUCAUUAGGAGCAGGCUGGACAAACUGCAGGAGCUGCUGGACAAGGCCGAGGGCCCCGAGGCGCUGCCAGAGGAGAGGAAGGAGAUGGAGGAGCUGAAGGCUCUGCUGCCAGAGAUCCAGGACAAGGUGGAGGACGCCACAGAGGGUCUAAAGGGGGCACUGGACGGAGGCUCUACUUCCUCUGCAUUCCCUGGCUCAGCUGUGCACAAUGGGCCCUCCUCAUCCAGCUCAAAGAUUGACAGCACGUCAACCAACGAGGUCAGCUCUACCAAUGAACACGCCUCCACAGCUCCAGUCUCUAACAUCUCCCACCUGGUCAGGAAGAAGAGGAAACCAGAGGAGAGUCCGGUGAAGGAGGGUGUUAAGAAGGUGAAGCAGAAUGAUGGACAGACUAACGGUGCUCACAAAGCCAACGGAGACACUAAUGGACACGCUGACAGUACGGAAGUCAAGAAUCAGUGAAGCUGGACUCAUCCUGGUUUUGCCUCUACCCAAGAAGAGAUUCACCAACAUGCUGAGCUCUUAAUGUCGCUAUACUUGUUAUGUGUAUCUUUUUUCUAUACUUGUUGUGAUGUUAGUGUUUAUUCACAUAUGUAACCUAUACAAUUUAAUAAAGAAUAUAUUUGAUAAAC